AUGGCUGCGACUAUCCAGACAGAUGUGCUAAUUAUUGGUGGUGGGCCGGUAGGCCUACUCAUAGCCCACGGGUUGGCCAGACAAGGCGUGGACUCUAUCAUUGUUGAGAAGCAUGACAAGACUGAGCAAGCCAUGUAUGGCCGAGCGACCACCUUAUACCCGCGAACUCUAGAGAUGUUGGACCAACUCGAACUCCUGGACGAACUGAACCAAAUCGGAUACAUCGCUCGAAACAGCGUGACAUUCAAAGAUGGCGAGCGAGUGACCUCGCGUGGAUGGCAUGUCAUGUUUGAGCGAAUGCACGGCACAUUCUUGGAUUACUGCCUGAACAUCAGGCAAAAAUACUCUGAAAACGUGAUCCGGGAUACAUAUGCAAAGCUCGGAGGUCGUCUGCUCAUCGGUUGGAAACUCGAGGAUUAUGCCAUCGACGACUUGCCCAGGGGUGAUUUCAAAGUAUCUUCCCGUAUCCGGAAGGGAGACACUGAGGAAGUGAUGUCAAUCAACAGCAAAUUCAUUGUUGGCGCGGACGGAGGUCAUUCACUUGUGAGAAGGAUCGCGGAGAUCCCAGCUCAAGGUGACCGCACCCACUAUAGAUGGGUCCGUAUUGAUGGUGUCUUUAAGACAAACAUGCCCGACGCCGAUGUAGGCUUUGCUUCGAUCGAAUCUAAGAGUCAUGGGAAUGUUCUAUGGGUUCAGUUGGAUCAUGGCGUUAAACGCAUUGGCUUUGCCAUGACGGAAGACAUGCUUGCCAAGUAUGGUGAUAAACUCACCGAAGAGCAGGCUGUGGCUGAAGCAGUCAAGUCGAUGGAGCCUUUCUCACUGGAGGUGGAGAAAGUUGAGUGGUGGACCUUGUAUAGCAUCAAUCAACAAGUCGCCGAUUCAUUCUUUUCCAACGAGCGCAUUCUCUUAGCUGGAGAUGCAUGCCACACCCACUCCUCUGGAGCUGCCCAGGGAAUGAACACAGGCGUCCACGAUGCCAUCAAUUUAUCCUGGAAGCUGGGAGGUGUGGUAAAGGGUUGGUACACCCCCGAGAUCUUGCAAACAUACGAAGAUGAGAGACGCCCCGCUGCUCAGCAUCUCAUUAAGCUCGACAAAGCUUUCUCGGCAACCAUUUCAGGCACUGUGCCUGAUGAAUACAAGGGAACCUCUCUCAAUGCGAACGAACUGUUCACCAAGCUCUUUGAUGACACCAUUUUGUUCAACCUCGGCUUGGGAAUAAAUUACGGUGAAAGCAUCAUCAACAAAGCACCACCAACAGGGAUGAUCUCGUCCGGUCGCAGGGGACCUGAUGCUUUGAUUAUGGCCCCUGGUUCUCGUGUUCCAACCCGUUUGUACCAGGUGAUCCGAAACACUGGGCAGUGGAGUAUUCUCGUGUUCGCUGGACAGCCCCUGAUUACUCACGACAAUCUAGCUCUGUCAGUGGACAAGCUGAAGGAGUUCCAAGCCACUCUCCCUAAAGACAUGGUUCGAUUCCUCACCUUGAUCGCUGAUAGCCCGGAUGGAGGGGACAAGAUGUUUGGAACUCCCAGAGUCGGAAAUCUAUAUUACGACAAUACCAGGUCUGCCCAUGAAAGAUACACUAUCUCCACGGGAAAAGGUGCAGUGGUGGUCCUCCGACCAGAUGGAAUUUUGGGUUAUGCUACCGCGUUGGAUGAUUCUGAGAGUAUCAGAAAUCUCUUUGCUGAUUUCACCUCAAUCAUCUAA